AUGGGGGUCUCUGUGCUCCUCUUCCUCGUUGCCUGCCUGCUGGCUCCAAGUGACACUGCUGUCCUGGGGCGCUGCGUGGUGGCCAGGAAACUCCACGAAGGCGGCCUGAGCGACUUUGACGGCUACAGCCUUGAAAACUGGGUGUGCCUGGCUUAUUUUGAGAGCAAGUUCAACCCCACGGCCGUCUACCAGAACUUGCAUGGUGGCUACAUGGGCCUCGGCCUCUUUCAGAUCUACAACAAUAACUGGUGUGACCGCGGCAAGAACCUGUGGCCCAUGCUGUGCUCUGCUUUACUGAACCCAAAUUUAAAGAAGACAAUUGAAUGUGCCAAGAAAAUUAUAAAAGGAAAAGAAGGGAUGGGAGCAUAG